CAUGGGACAGUUACUUCAAGAUGACCAAGUAAGAUCAUCUUUUUAUAUCUUUCCAGUUAAAAGUUAAAUAUUCUUUUGUCAGAAUGUUAACACGACUUAUUGAUUAUCAUUACAGAAACAGGACGUUUUCUACAUUUCGAAAAUUUUUUGAGUUACAAUUUUUUUAUGAAAAUGUACUUUAUCAAGGUCUAAUUAUAUGCAUUAAGAAAAAAUUAGUAAAGCCAUCAUGGCUUCUCUAUUGUUAGCAAAACAUCCUGAGGCACCUCAUCUUCCGCAACACCAUUCUCAUAUACCGCAACCAUUUAAGGCCAGUUGUGGUAAAGAGAACUUAUAUAAUGGGAAUGAGAAUUUAAGCAUAUUGUCUAUAACUUUUAAAUAUCUCUUAUGAAUUUAAUAUUAAUUUCAAUUUUCCUAAAUGUUGAUAUUUUGCUUUAUGAUUUGUUUCAUUGUAGACAGUCAGCAAGUGAGAAAAAAAAAGCUUUAGCAAAGGCCAGGGUGAAAAAGUUCAGGGAAAAAUUCUACAGAAACCCAGAACUGCUGGAGGAGUACAGAAGGAAGGAGAGAGAGAGGUUAGGUUUGGAGAUGUACAUGAGAGUAUACACACACACACACACACACAACCCUUUAGCCACUACUAUAACAGGACUUUGGUGCUGGGUUGGUGCUGGAUUACUGGUCAUGCUGUGGGAAAUGUUGUCCUGUUUAUUCCUGUUUUAAUGUUUUUCUUAAUUUUUUAUUUUUAUUUUUGGCUUUUGUAUUUUUGAAGCACCACACAAUAAAACUGUUUUGAACUUAUUCAAGUUAUUAUCAUUACCAAAAUAAUUAAACUCAUUACCGAAACCUAUAUAUCAUUACCAAAACAGAUGUUUAUUAGGUGUUAAUUUAAAUAAUAGAAAUAUAGUACUUUGAUUAUAAAUGUAUGUGCAGAAUCUUAAAAUUAUGUUCUUUCAGGUUUGUCAUGUCAUUUUGAAAAAAUGUCAGGUUUCUUCGAAAUAUAAAAAAAAAAUGGCUGUAAAUUGUGGACGGUGUUGCGGUAAUGAGAGAAAUCAGUCAAAAUUUAAAAAACUGUUAAAUUAAAAAUAAAUAUUAUUUUAGAACUUCACGUAACUGUGCAUGACUAUUAAUAAUCCAUUUUUAAAACUGUGAAAAUGUAUUUGCUUUUCUGACAGUGUUGAUGUUUUCACAUUGUUGCAGUAAUGAGAUUUUUUUUAGGACUUAUUUUGGAAAUUAUGUUCAAAAAGGUGUUAAAUGGUAAGUAAAAGUUUUUAAAUGAAUGUUCACAAAUACUUCAGACUUUGUUGCUAAUGUCUGAAAAAAAAGUUAAUUUAAGCAUUUUUAAAAUUUUCAUGUUUGAAAUUUUUAAAACCAAGAUUUCGUGAGAAUCACCCAGGUCCUGUGACUGUCUCCAGCCAUUGUGAGGAGAGCCCUCUCCAAGAUUAACAUGCUGCUGGACCAGACAACAUACCUGGUAACCCUGACAUCUUCAACAUCAACAAUGGCAAAAUGCAAGGCUUGGUAUGUCAAAAUAGUACAAUAUGUCACAUUGAGCAUGGUCUGUGAAACCCUGACUGACUCAGAUGCACUUGAGUCAAUUUCACACGUCAGAUCCCUUGGUGUCAGAUGGUGUUCUCCAUUUGGGCACUUAGCCCCCAACCACUUAGCCCCCAACCAGGAAAACACUGGGACAGGAGAUUUCGGUGGACAAUUCUUUUCUUGCUGCCCUCUUCAGAACUCGGCCCUGAGCUGCAUGGAGUCUGGCCUGGAACCUAAAUUGAAGAAAUUCUUCCACAGCACCUUUGCUACAGUGACAGCCUUUAUAGAAUGUUUGGCUGCAGAACAACAGUGGAUAUUGGUCUUAAAUAGAUUCCAGUGAUCUUGAAUUUAAAUGGCCUUGUAUGGGUGUUUUCUGGAAGGUCACCAUCAGAAAUAAUUGGUGAAAUUACCUGGGAGGCUUAAGGUUUUUUGUUAUGUUUUCCUAGACAAUAGAAUCAGAUGAGCAUAGUUUGAUCUUGCUAUGUAAAAUGUGUUAAAAAUUUAACUAAGUAUAAACCCAUACCUAAAUACAUAAUGCCUGGUUAAGUAAAUGGAACUUGCCAAUGUUCUGAAAAUUUCAUAUGUUAAGAUAUUUUAUAGGUUAAUAUCAAAAUGUAUAAUGACACACAGUCCAAUACAUAUCAAUUGAAUGAAUUUAUAUAUUUAAAAUAAAAAUGCUUACAUUUUGAGAAGUCCAUGGUCUCUUUAAAAGAGAAUUUAGAAGUUCUUUAACAUUUGCUGGAUUUGAUGUGAAAUUUCUUGAUAGACUUCCAGAAUGUGAAACUUUUGAAAGUUUUGAAAGCCUUUAUAGGGUGUUUUUUUCUAACAUAUUGUGGUGGGAGUUACAUGUGAUGUGUGAUUUUGGGUGAGAUGGAGAGUUAUUUAAACAUGUUUUUAACAUCCAGGGUGUGGGUAAACAUAUGUGCAUCAUAAAAAUAGAAUCAAUAAGAAUAAAAUAAAUAAAAAUAUACUAAUAGAAUUUUAAUAAAAUUACAAAAAAAAUGAAUUAACUGUUCCAGUAGGAUACGGAAGAAAAUAAGUAUAUGGAAAAUAUGACAAUGUAUAUAUGAAUAUGGAUUGGUGGUAGAACAGUAUGACUAUUGUAAGCAAAGUACAGAUGUGCUGUGAGUAAUUGUAGUGCAAAAAAUUGUACUCUGCAUAAAAUUGCAGGGCUACUGGGUGAUAUUUGGGACAGGAACAAUAGUGGACUCUUUAAAGCACAUAGGGAUUAUGUUUAGGGACGGGUCCAGGGAGAGGUUGAAUAUCUCCAUGAAAACUGGUUCCUUCCUUAGUACCCCUUCGCCUCUUUCACCACUCUGCACACUUUGUAGCCUUGUACUUAUCCAUUUUCCCGGGGUCCUGCAAUGUGAAAUCACACAGCAUUGCAGAUAGUUUUAUCCACCCAUGGCUUCUGGAUGGGAAGCAUUCUGAUGAUGGUUUUGUGUCACCUCAGUCACCUCAUUUUAACCUUUAUAAUUUUUAUCAUAUGUUUCUAUACUUCUGUAAAGCUGCUGUGAGACAAUGUCCAUUGUUAAAAAUCCUGUACAAAUAAACUGAAUUGAAAUUGGACUUUUUCAUGCACCAGUUUCCCAAUAAAUCCCAAAACUGCAUUUGUAAAUACUGAUGUAAACAGAACUGUGCCUAAACAUGUCCCUGUCUGUGUCAUCCAGAAUUUCCUGUUUCAGCCUUUGCUUGUAUCUAAGCAUGAGGAAAAUAGGGCAUUGUCUGAUUUCCUAAACAGUGGAUUAGAUUGUGCUGUGUAAUUGUCUUUACUUGACACGGCAACUCCAUUGUUCUGUCCAUAUUGUGAACAGAGCAGAACUUGGCUUUCUAGAUGGCAUGGUCCAAUACCUCUGGGUUCAUCCAUGUCUUGGUGAAGCACAGGAGGUGCCACCAUAAUUGAAAGGGAGAGACAGAAGAUAACACAGACAUGCGCCUACACUGGGAGCAGACAGGAGACUCCUCACUCAACAAACCUGAGUGAAUGUAUCAGAAAGGGGUGUUCAUCAAAACCUGUUCAUCAAAUCACUCUAUGCCCAUGAACAAUAUAUAUCUAAGCAAAACCUAUUUGCAAAAGGUUUAAUUGUGUCUGAGUCCCAGACACUAUCUCUAUAACUGUGGGUCAUUGAAAGAGAAAGCUCUGACCCCUGCUGUACUACCUUGAGGUACCAACAGAUGUACCUAUUGAUAGAAUUAGGAAUAUCAGAUUGUAAAAGUUACUGUGGGGCACCCAGGUACUGUGGGGCAUGACCAUUCAUUGCUUUAUAGGUCAGUUGUAGUAUUUUAUAAUCAUCAUAAAAUUUGACUGAGCCAAUGUAGUGUAGAUAAGAUAGUUAGUACUGUAAAUAAUAUUUACAGAAACAGUCAUGGCAUGACAGCUUUAAAAAUAGAUAACAUUUAUGUAACAAUUAUAUAAUGUUUUAGUAGAUUUGCAUAGUGAUAAUACCACAGAUUCAUAGCUGUCUAAUUUCUUCCAUUUUUUGUCUAGUAUUUGGAGUAUUUAGAUAUACACCGAUCAGCCAUAACAUUAUGAGCAUUAACAGGUGAAGUGAAUAACACUGAUUAUCUGCUUAUCAUGGCACCUGAAAGAUGGGCAAGUGUAAGGAUUUGAGCAAGUUUGACAAGGGCCAAAUUGUGAUUAGACCAGAACAUCUCUAGAACUGCAGCUCUUGUGGGGUGUUCCCGGUCUGUAAUGGUCAGUAUCUAUCAAAGUGGUCCAAGGAAGGAACAGUGGUAAACCGGUGACAGGGUCAUGGGUGGCCAAGGCUCACGAGCUGCUGUUGCUCAAAUUGCUGAAGAGGUUAAUUCUGGUUCUGAUAGAAAGGUCAGAAUACACAGUGUAUGAUAGGUCAGGGCUUUUUUGGCAGCAAAAGGAGGAAAAACACAAUAUUAGACUGGUGGUUAUAAUGUUAUGUCUGGUCCUUGAAAAUUUGUUUGCUAAUUUGUUGAAAUUUCCAGCUGUUAUAUACCACUAAAUUGCCCAUACUAUAAGAUUAAUUAUUAUAUACUGUAUAGAGCUAACUGCAUACCUCUAUAGCCACCUACCAACUAUGCUCUUGUAUGUAAAUAUAAAAGUAGAUAUUAUAGUAUAUAAAUGUGUGUAAAUAAUGUCAUUUCAGUACAAACAGAAUUUUGCCAAUGGAAUUAAUAUCUCUGGUAUAGUUACACAACUCUUCGUAGAUAGGACCAUAAUAACAGAAAUAACUCUUGUUUAUGUACAGAAGGACAAUCUAGGAAUUAGAGCUACAUUUGAGAACAGUUUGUUUUGGUGACAGUUUGUCAUAUCUCAGAGGAAAACAUACCAAUUAAAAUGGCAAAGUAAAGCAAACAGGGUUCUACAAGGAAUGAUGUCAUCACAAUCAUACAUAUAUACAUCUGAUGUUUAUGUAUGGCUGGCAAACUGUUUUGUCUGCACAAGGUAGAGUAUUAGAACAAAAACUGUUUCCAUUUUAACUGAUAUGCUGUCAUUAAUGAUAAAAUAUGUUUACUGUAUAGAAAAUAGAAAAUAUUUCAUCAUGAUUUGGUGAGACUAGUUUUCAGCAUAAUAUUUCAUUAACAAUUGCAUGUAAAUUAUUCUAGGAGGUUUUAAUUCAAGUCAUGUUAAUAUUUGAUUUUCACAGGUGUUAACUGCAGCCAGAUGGCUGAUAACAUUACUUCCAUUCAUUCAGUAGCAUCAACAAAUGCAACAUUUAUUCUUCCCUCCACAUUUUACAUCACUGGACUUUACAAUAUCCCACAUGCAAAGUACUAUUAUUUGUUUCUUUGCUUUGUGUAUAUUGUGACCUUUUUGGGGAAUUCUUUUAUAAUGGGCACCAUCUACCUGGCACGCAGUUUACACACAGCCAAGUAUGUAGCUGUCUUCAACUUGGCUCUCUCUGAUUUGUGUGGAAGCUCUGCUCUUAUUCCUAAGCUCCUGGACAUGUUUCUGUUUGAGAAUCGAAAUAUAGCCUAUGAAGCCUGUUUGUCAAACAUGUUUUUUGUUUAUUGCUUUAUGACCUUGCAGUGUCUUACUUUACUUGCUUUAGCCUAUGACAGACUAAUUGCUAUAUGUUACCCUCUAAGGUAUCAUGCUAUUGUUACAAAAGCAGCAAUGGUUUUUAUUAUUGGAGUCAUGUGGGUUCUAUCUGUUAGUGUCAAUGCUGUCCUUGUAGCUCUAGUUACUAGAUUGUCCUUCUGUAGGUCUACAACAGUUUACAGUUAUUUCUGUGAUCAUGGACCUAUAUACAAACUAGCCUGUAAUGAUAAUACCAUAAAUUCUAUAAUGGGCAAUAUCUGUACUGCUACCCUGCUUUACUUUCCUUUAAUACUAAUAAUUGCCUCAUAUGUUUGUAUUGGAUUUGCAUUACAGAAGAUUGCACAUGGUGUUGAGCAAGUCAAAGCUAUGAAAACCUGCACAACCCAUCUUAUAUUAGUGGCCAUGUUUUAUCUACCAAUAAUUAGCGUUUAUACUGUAUCUCUUACCACACGUAUAGACACAAAUACAAGGAUAAUUAAUACUGCCCUUACACAAACAAUUCCACCCAUGUUAAAUCCCAUCAUUUAUACCUUAAAGACAGAGGAGGUCAUGCAGGCUAUUAAAUUACUCUACAAACAUGCAAGAUGAACUUUGCAAUGGAAAUAAUAUUCCUAAAAAUAAAAUUAUUAAUUAAAAUGCAAUAAUAAGUGCAUCUGAAAUUAAACAAA